GCUCAAGAAGCGAGAGAGGAGAGGGAAGGAAGAAGCCGCCUCUUCGGGGUGGAGCACGGGCGGCCAGCAGCAGGUCGAGGACCUUGGGGCUCCCGGGAAGCAAACACGACGAGUGUUUCGUGUAAAACUUGUUCGUUCGGAGGGAGGGAUUCUUCACUGUCGUCGUCUUCUAGCAACUUGUUGGAGCUGCUUUGCUGGCUUCGCCCCUCCGCUCUUGUCCCGGGUUGCCGCUGGAUAUUUUUUUUUGGAGGAGUUUUUGUUUUGGAGAGAAACAGCUGGAAACUGCACGAAAUGGACCCCGUGGUUUGACUGGCUGGCGCUUCGGAUCUUCGGACACGAAGGGGUCUCUCUCUCCUCCUUCCCCCCUCCCCGCCCCGGGCAGGUAUUGAUUUCAAAGCUGGGUGGAUUGUGAGCACUGCAUGCAAAGUUCUGAAAUAAUCCUACACAGGAAUUUUGAACCUAGAAAUAGAGGAUGGCCAAGGUUUUGGAUAUAGAUGAAGGACCUGAGGGAGGACACAACGAAUUUAGCAACAUCAUUAAAUCCAGAUCUGAUGAGCACAAUGAUGUACAAAAGAAAACAUUCACAAAAUGGAUAAAUGCUCGCUUUUCAAAGUGUGGAAAACUGCCAAUAAAGGAUAUGUUCACAGAUCUCCGAGAUGGGAGAAAACUAUUGGAUCUCUUGGAAGGACUGACAGGGAAUCCACUGAUGAAAGAACGUGGAUCCACAAGAGUCCAUGCCUUAAAUAAUGUCAACAAAGUACUUCAAGUUUUACAUCAGAACAGUGUGGAGCUGGUGAACAUAGGAGGAACUGACAUUGUUGACGGAAAUCACAAGUUGACUCUUGGAUUGUUAUGGAGCAUAAUUUUGCACUGGCAGGUUAAAGAUGUUAUGAAAGAUAUAAUGUCAGACCUGCAGCAAACAAACAGUGAAAAAAUCCUUUUGAGCUGGGUGCGACAGUCUACUAGGCCUUACAGUGAGGUUAAUGUUUUGAAUUUUACCACAAGCUGGACAGAUGGCCUUGCCUUCAAUGCUGUGAUCCACAGGCACAAGCCUGAGCUCUUUGGCUGGGAUAAAGUAACCAAAAUGGCUUCAAUUGAAAGACUAGAGCAUGCCUUCAACAUAGCCAAAAAUUACCUAGGGAUUGAAAAAUUAUUAGAUCCUGAAGAUGUUGCUGUACAACUUCCUGAUAAGAAAUCCAUUAUCAUGUACUUGACAUCCUUAUUUGAGGUCCUUCCUCAGCAAAUUACCAUGGAAGAUAUUCGAGAAGUGGAGACCCUUCCAAGGAAGUACAAAAAGGAAUGUGAAGGAGGGGGUGUACAGAGAGCAACUUCUGAAGAUGACUAUGGAGGUCUAAGAGCAGAAACCCCCAGCACUGUUACAGAAGUGGAUAUGGACUUGGACAGCUACCAAGUAGCGCUGGAAGAAGUUCUCACAUGGCUGCUCUCUUCUGAGGAUAUAUUCCAGGAGCAAGAAGUCAUAUCUGAUGACGUUGAGGAAGUCAAGGAACAAUUUGCUACACAUGAAGCUUUUAUGAUGGAGUUGACUGCACACCAGAGCAGCGUGGGUAACGUGCUCCAGGCUGGUAAUCAACUGAUCGCCCAAGGCAAUCUGUCAGUGGAGGAAGAAAACGAAAUCCAAGAACAAAUGACCCUGCUGAAUUCAAGAUGGGAGGCUCUCAGAGUUGAGAGUAUGGACCGGCAAUCCCACCUCCAUGAUGUGUUGAUGGAGCUACAGAAGAAACAACUGCAGCAGCUGUCCGACUGGCUGACUCUUACAGAAGAACGCAUUCAAAAGAUGGAAUCUCAGUGCUCAGUUGAAGACUUGGAGUCCUUUCAGCAGCAGAUGGACGAACACAAAGGGCUGCAAAGUGAUCUUGAAGUGGAGCAGGUUAAAGUAAACUCGUUGACUCACAUGGUGGUCAUUGUUGAUGAAAACAGCGGAGAGAGUGCGACGGCCAUCCUAGAGGAACAACUGCAGAGACUUGGUGAACGCUGGACCGCAGUUUGUCGCUGGACGGAGGAACGGUGGAACAAGCUACAAGAGACUAACAUCAUAUGGCAGGAAUUGUUGGAAGAGCAGUGCUUAUUGAAGGCCUGGCUAAUUGAAAAAGAAGAAGCUUUAAACGAAGUACAAACAAGCAACUUUAAAGAUCAAAAAGAGCUUGGUGUGAAUGUUCGAAAUCUGGCUAUUUUGAAAGAAGAUAUGGGAAUGAAGCGUCAAACGUUAGAACAGCUGAAUGAAGUAGCCCAUGAUGUUACACAGCUCCUCAAUAGUGAGAAGGCAUUGAAGAAAAUUGACAGUGAUCUGGAAGAACUAACACAGAGGUGGGACAGUUUAGUUCAGAAGCUUGAGGAUUACUCUAAUCAGGUUACUGAGGCAGUCGCAAAUGUUGGGAUCAACAUUUCACAGAAGUUCAACACAGAAACAGUCCUUGUCAAAGAGCAAAAAAGAGUUAAACAUUCCACGGAGGAAGAGUCUCCUCCACCUCUGCCCCCACCAAAGAAAAGACAACCCUGCUUGGAUACCGAAAUGAAGAUAAAGCUUGAUUCUGAAAUUGCCGAAAUGUUGAACUGGGUUUUGAAAUCAAAAGCUGCCAUUCAGGCCAUAGAGAUCAAAGAGUACAAGAAGAUGAGAGAGACUUCAGACAUGAAAGAGAAGCUGAAGGCAAUAGAAAAAGAAAGGACUGAAAAAAAGAGAAUGUUGAAUGAACUGAACCAGGCUGGACAAAAUCUGCAGGAACAAAUGGGAAAAGAAGGGCUUCCUACUGAAGAUGUAGCAAGUGCCCUGGAGAAGCUGUUGGCAGAGUGGAAAGGGGCAGCUUGGCACUUGGAAGAAGUAGCAAUAAAAAUACAACGCCAGGAUGAAGUGAACAUUUAUUUUAGGGAAUUGGGUGAGCUUGAUAAGGCUGUGAGUGAAAAAGAAUUAUGGCUGAAAGACAACUCUGCUAUAUCACCUCAACAACAACCUCUAACAACUCUAAAGGAGUCUUGUCAGAAGGAACUCACUCAUCUAUUAAGUCUGACUCCUCAAAUCGAACACCUGAAAGCCAAGUGCAAGGCCCUUUCAUCCCAACCAGCCGCUCCAAACUUUAUUGAAGAUAGCUUCACCUCUUUGACUGACCGCUUCAGCUCUGCCCAGCAGAAAUUGGAGGUUCUUCUACAGCGGUUGAAGAAAGAAUUUGAAAGUCAGUCUUCUAAGGAUUACUUGGAUGCUUUGAAAAAACUGAAGGAUGAGCUGAAUGAAUUGGAAAGCAAGGUUCAGUCCAUCAUGUAUACUGUGAAUGAUUUUAGUAAAGUUGAAACAGCCUUGCAACAGACAAAGACAGUUUGUGAAACUCUGGAAAAUCAGAAAAGCAUAGUGGAUAAACUUGCUGAAGAUACACAGGUCUUAGAGAAGCAUGUUCCAGAUGAGAAAUCAAAGCUCUACAAGCAAGAAUUCAAAUGUCUGCAGGGAUACAGGGAGAAGUUAAAGCAGAAGAUUUCUAAAGAUGUUCACUUACUUGAAGAAAUUAUUUCCAAACUGAGAAUAUUUGAGGCUGAUUUAAAAUUGGUACAAAGAUGGUUGGAUGGUGUAAAAGACUUCUUAAUGAAAGAACAAGCCAUCCAAAGGGAUCCUGAAGGUCUUCAAAGGCAGCUUGAUCAAUGUAUGCUGUUUGUUAUUGAAAUGGAAAAGACUGAGUUGUCUUUAAAAGAGAUGAAAGAAAUAGAUUCUGCUUUAAGAGGCCAGCCUGUUAAUGCCUGGGUAAAAUCAAAGCUGACAGAUGUCCAGUCACAGUGGGAAAAACUGAGCAAGCAGAUCAUUAGUCAGAAAAAUCAAUUAUCCGAAAGUCAAGAAAAAGCUGUAAACCUCAAAAAGGAUUUGGCAGAGAUGCAAGAAUGGAUGGCUCAGGCUGAAGAGGAAUAUUUGGAGAGAGAUUUUGAAUACAAGAGUCCAGAUGAGUUGGAGAAUGCUGUGGAGGAAAUGAAGAGAGCAAAGGAGGAUGUGCUACAGAAAGAAGUGCGGGUGAAAAUUAUGAAAGACAACAUCAAGAUGUUAGCUGCUAAACUGCCAUCUGGUGGUCAGAACUUAACAACUGAGCUUAACCUUGUACUGGAGAAUUACCAGCUACUCUGCAACAGGAUCCGGGGGAAAUGUCACACUUUGGAGGAAGUUUGGUCUUGCUGGAUUGAGCUCCUGCACUAUCUGGACCUAGAAACUACCUGGCUGAAUACUUUGGAGGAGAGGAUGAAAAGUACUGAAAAUUUACCAGAUAAAGUGGAUGCUGUCAAUGAAGCCCUUGAGUCACUCGAAUCUGUCCUGCGCCAUCCAACUGAUAAUCGGACUCAAAUUCGGGAGCUUGGUCAAACGUUGAUUGAUGGAGGGAUCCUUGAUGAAAUCAUCAGUGAAAAACUGGAAGCUUUCAAUGCCCGCUAUGAAGAAUUAAGCCAUGUGGCAGUGAGCAGGCAGAUUUCCUUGGAGCAGCAGCUUCAGAUGAUGAGGGAAACUGAGCACAUGCUGCAAGUCCUACAAGAAAAUUUGAAGGAUCUGGAUAGGCAGCUAACUUCAUACUUGACCGACAGAAUAGAUGCCUUCCAAAUGCCACAGGAGGCCCAGGUAAAAAUCCAAGCUGAGAUUGCUGCUCAUGAAUCCACCUUGGAAGAGCUAAAAAAGAAUGUGCGGUCAGUGAUGCCACUUUCCCCAGAAUGUAGAUCUCCUCGUGGUGGGUCUCAUCUGGACACCUUGCAGAGGAAACUCCGGGAAGUAUCCACAAAGUAUCAGCUCUUCCAGAAACCAGCGAACUUUGAGCAACGUAUGCUGGAUUGCAAACGGGUCCUGGAUAGUGUAAAGGCUGAACUCUAUGUGUUGGAUGUGAAGGAUAUUGACCCGGAUGUCAUUCAGUCUCACUUUGAUAAGUGCAUGAAACUCUAUAAGACCCUCAGUGAAGUAAAACUUGAAGUGGAGACUGUAAUUAAAACAGGGAGGCAAAUUGUACAGAAACAACAAACUGAUAACCCUAAGUGCAUGGAUGAACAACUGACAGCACUAAAAUUUCUUUAUAAUGAUCUGGGUGCACAGGUCACUGAAGGGAAGCAAGAUCUAGAACAGGCAUUGCAGCUGUCAUGUAAACUGAAGGAGGUCUCUUUCUCCUUGUCAAAAUGGCUAGAGGCUACUGAGGCUGAGUUAGUGCACAAGUCCAGUUCAGAGGGUUUGCUUGCUGAUCUGGACACUGAAAUUGCAUGGGCUAAGAAUGUGCUGAGAGAACUGGAAAGGAAGAAAGUUGACCUUAACAAUGUAACAGAGAGUAGUGCAGUCCUCCAGACCUUAGUCGAAGGCUGUGAGAGUUCUUUGGAGGAAAAGGUCUGUGUUCUUAACGCUGGAUGGAGUAGAGUGCGGACGUGGACAGAAGACUGGUGCAACACACUUUUGAGUCACCAAAGUCAACUGGAGAUUUUUGAUGAGAAUGUUGCCCACAUAAGCACUUGGCUGUACCAAGCUGAAGCCCUUUUGGAUGAGACUGAGAAAAAGCCAGCCAGCAAGAAAGAGGAGACAGUGAAGCGUCUAACAUCAGAAUUGGAUGAUGUUAGUCUCAGAGUAGAUAAUGUGCGUGACCAAGCUAUUAUCCUGAUGAAUGGUCGUGGUGUGUCAUGCCGUGAGCUUGUAGAGCCCAAGCUGGCUGAAUUGAACAGAAACUUUGAGAAGGUAUCACAGCACAUCAGAAGCGCAAAGAUGCUUCUCAGUCAGGAGCCUCACAAAAUGUUUGUCAAGCAAGAGCCCCAUGGAAUUGCCAUGGCUUCCACAGACCUUGAUAAAUUUGAGUGUGAGAUACAGGACAUGCUGAAGGUUGUGGAGCAGCACAUGGAAUCAAAAGAUGAUGAUGAAAAGUUGGAUGAAGAGAGAGCUCAAAUCGAGGAGGUUCUACAAAAAGGUGAACAGCUAUUACAGCAGCUCAUGGAAGACAGCAGGCGAGAGAAAAUUCGUUUGCAGCUUCUGCUUCUGCAGACUAGACAAAGCAGCAUUAAGGAGCUUAGGUCAUUACAAAAGAGACAGGUGGUGGAACUGUCACCUUCAUUCUCCCAAUAUAAGACAGAACAAGACACUCAGUUGCAUUGGCUCAGUGAGACAGAUGGAAGCCUUUCUGGACUUCAGGAAGCAGACGAUGAGGGGAUGUUACAGAUGAUUCAAGGUCUUCAUUCAUCGACAAUCAGGGCAUCUCCAUUCCCUGCAGAAUACCUGGUUGAAAUUAACAAGAUUUUGCUGGCUAUAGCGGAUGUUGAGCUGUUGUUGAAUGCUCCAGAACUUCACUCUGGCAUCUAUGAGGAUUUUUCUACUCAAGAAGAUUCAUUAAAGAACAUAAAAGACAUAUUGGACAAACUUGGGGAUCAGAUUGCUGUUAUUCAUGAAAAACAACCGGAUGUUAUAUUGGAAGCAUCUGGACCUGAAGUGAUUCAAAUAGGGGAUUCAUUAACCCAGUUAAAUGCAGAAUGGGACAAAAUUAACAGGAUGUACAGUGAUCGCAAAUGUUGCUUUGAUAAGUCUGUGGAAGAGUGGAGACGGUUCCAUUGCGAUCUCAGUGAUCUCUCACACUGGUUAACAGAAGCAGAAGGGUUGCUGGCUGAGGCCCAUGCUCCAGACGGGAGCCUGGAUAUAGAGACAGCAAGGAUACACCAGCAGGAACUUGAAGAGGGAGUCAGCAGCCAUCAGAGCAGCUUUUCGAUAUUGAACACAACAGGAGAAGGAAUCAUACAGAAACUCUCCACUACAGAUGGAAGCUUCCUGAAAGAGAAACUUGCAGGGUUAAAUAAACGCUGGAAAGCCAUCACUGCUGAAGUCAUGGAAAGACAACAGAGAUUCAAAGGAGAGGAUCAGCAAUUAACAGACUUUACAAGAAAGCUCGAAGAAUUUAGUUGCUGGCUGGAGAACAUAGAAAAUGCCCAGGGUGAGAAACCUUCAAUCAGCCAUGAAGAAAAUCUGCAAGCGUUAAUGGGCUUGAUGGAGGAGAUGGACAUGCAAGAGGAGAAACUUAAGUGGCUAAACAGAAAUGAACCAGAUAUGCUUUCAAAUAAAAGCAUUGGGCCUCAAGAAAGAGAGAAUAUUUCUGAUAGACUGAGGACUUUGAAUGUUAAGUGUAAGAAGGUGUUCAGAGAAGCACCCAACAGAGUGAGAGAAUUAGAGGCAUGCAUUCAUCAGCUCCGUCCUGUUCCACAGACAAAGCCUUCUGAUUACCCUGCUGUCCAAAAGAUGGUGCUAGUUGCCUCUGAAAAUGUUGCUCAAAAUCAGCAGGCUUUGGAAAUCUCUGCACCUGCUGAUCUGGAUAAAACUACAACCGAGCUGGCUGACUGGUUGGCAUUGAUCGACCAGAUGCUAAAGUCAAACAUAGUCACUGUGGGAAAUGCUGAAGAAAUCAAUCGGACAAUUGCACGCAUGAAAAUAACAAAAGAAGAUUUAGAACAUCGGCACCCCCAGCUGGAUUCUGUUUUUACCUUGGCUCAAAAUCUGAAAAACAAAACAUCGAGUUCUGACGUUAGGACAGCAAUCACAGAAAAAUUGGAGAAAGUGAAGAACCAGUGGGAUACUACUCAGCAUGGGGUGGAAGUACGUCAACAGCAGUUAAGACGCAUGCUUUCUGACAGCAUGAAGUGGGAUGACCAGAAGCAAGAAAUGGAGAAGCUAAUUGGACAAUAUGAGAUCCAUCUGCAUGCUCUUUUACAGUCUCGUAAAGAAAAGCUGACCAAACAGAUUUCUGAAAACAAAAUGUUAAUACAAGAGCUAGAUAAAGGAGAUGUAAAGAUGAGUACAUUCAAUGAUCUGUCCAAUAAACUUCUUCAAGACUACAAUGGUGAUGAUACAAGAAAGGUGAAGGAAAUUAUGGAUCAUUUGAAUACCUCAUGGAUUAACCUGAAACACAGAACUUGUAGUAGGCAGAAUGCUUUGGAAGCUGAACUGAAGACAGUACAUGCCUUGCUCAAAGACCUUGAAAGUUUCCUCAAGUGGAUACAAGAAGCAGAAGCUACAGUUAAUGUCCUUGCAGAUGCAUCACAACGGGAACCUGCAGCUCAGGACAGCACUUCUGGAAUGGAAUUGAAAAAACAGGUAGAGGACAUCCAGGCUGAAAUUGAUGCUCACAAUGACAUCUUCAAAAGUAUUGAUGGAAACAGGCAGAAGAUGGUGAAAGCCUUGGGAAACUCUGAGGAGGCUGCACUGCUACAGCACCGCAUUGAUGACAUGAACCAACGCUGGAAUGAUCUGAAAGCAAAGUCUGCCAGUAUCAGGGCUCACUUGGAAGUAAGUGCAGAGAAGUGGAAUAAGUUGCUGAUGACACUGGAAGAGCUUAUCAAAUGGCUGAAUCUGAAAGAUGAAGAGUUAAAGAAGCAGAUGCCUAUUGGUGGGGAUGUUCCAGCUUUACAACAACAGUAUGACCACUGCAAAGCACUAAGGCGUGAACUGAAGGAUAAAGAACAAGCCAUUCUAAAUGCUGUAGACCAGGCACGGGUGUUUCUUGCUGAUCAACCAAUUGAAGGCCCUGAAGAACCAAGAAAAAACUUGCACUCAAAGUCAGAGUUGACCCCUGAAGAAAAAGCACAGCGGAUCGCCAGAGCUAUGCGUAAGCAGUCUGCGGAAGUGAAAGAGAAGUGGGAAAGCCUCAAUAACUCUGCCAAUGGCUGGCAGAAGCAAGUGGACAAAGCACUAGAGAAACUGAAGGACUUGCAGUGUUCUAUGGAUGACCUCGAUGCCGACUUGAGAGAGGCGGAGAAUGUGCGAAACAAUUUGAAACCUCUUGGAGAUCUACUGAUUGACUCAUUGCAGGACCACAUUGAUAAAACAACAGCAUUUAGAGAAGAAAUUGCACCAAUCAACUUGAAAGUUAAAGCUGUCAAUGAUUUAUCCAGCCAACUCUCUCCACUUGACCUUCAUCCAUCCUUAAAGAUAUCACGACAGCUAGAUGAUCUCAAUAUGCGCUGGAAACUUUUACAGGUAUCUGUAGAGGAUCGCCUUAAACUACUACAGGAAGCACACUGGGAUUGUGGGCCUGCAUCUCAAAAUUUUCUUUCCACCUCUGUUCAGCCACCAUGGCAAAGAUCAGUUUCACAUAACAAAGUUCCGUAUUAUAUCAAUCACCUUACUCAAACAACCUGCUGGGAUCACCCUAAAAUGACUGAACUCUUCCAGUCAUUAGCCGAUUUGAACAACGUGCGCUUUUCUGCUUACCGUACAGCCAUCAAAAUCCGGAGACUACAAAAGGCACUGUGUUUGGACCUGUUGGACUUAAAUACAACAAAUGAAGCUUUCAAAGAGCACAAGUUGAACCAAAAUGACCAGCUCCUUAGCGUUCAGGAUGUGGUCAGCUGUCUCACUACAAUUUACAGUGGAAUGGAAGAGAAGCACAAGGAUCUGGUGAACGUUCCACUCUGUGUAGAUAUGUGUCUCAACUGGCUGUUGAAUGUUUACGAUACUGGUCGGACUGGAAAAAUCAGAGUGCAGUCCCUGAAGAUUGGCUUGAUGUCUCUUUCCAAGGGCCUUCUAGAGGAAAAGUACAGAUAUCUCUUUAAGGAAGUGUCUGGGCCUACAGAAAUGUGUGACCAGAGACAGCUUGGCUUAUUGCUUCAUGAUGCUAUCCAAAUCCCACGACAGCUUGGUGAAGUAGCUGCUUUUGGAGGCAGUAAUAUUGAACCCAGUGUCCGCAGCUGUUUCCAGCAGAAUAAUAAUAAACCAGAAAUCGGUGUAAAACAGUUUAUAGACUGGAUGCAUCUGGAGCCGCAAUCAAUGGUCUGGCUGCCUGUUCUACACAGAGUGGCAGCUGCAGAAACAGCAAAACAUCAGGCCAAGUGCAACAUCUGCAAGGAAUGCCCAAUUGUCGGCUUUAGAUAUCGGAGCCUGAAACAUUUCAAUUAUGAUGUCUGCCAGAGCUGUUUCUUCUCUGGUCGUACAGCAAAGGGUCAUAAAUUACACUACCCGAUGGUGGAGUAUUGCAUACCGACAACAUCAGGAGAAGAUGUACGAGAUUUCACCAAAGUGCUAAAGAAUAAGUUCCGGUCAAAGAAGUAUUUUGCUAAACACCCACGGCUUGGCUAUCUACCAGUACAAACAGUCCUAGAAGGUGACAAUUUGGAGACUCCCAUCACACUCAUCAGUAUGUGGCCAGAGCAAUAUGAUCCCUCCCAGUCUCCCCAACUAUUUCAUGACGACACACAUUCCAGGAUAGAGCACUAUGCCAACAGGCUGGCCCAGAUGGAACGGACCAAUGGUUCCUUGUUCACAGAUGGUAGCUCCACCACAGGAAGUGUGGAAGAUGAGCAUGCCCUUAUCCAGCAGUACUGUCAAACUCUGGGAGGGGAGUCACCUGUGAGCCAGCCACAGAGUCCAGCGCAGAUCUUGAAGUCGGUAGAAAAGGAAGAACGAGGAGAGCUUGAGCGCAUCAUUGCUGACCUUGAGGAGGAGCAAAGAAUGUUGCAAGUGGAAUAUGAGCAACUAAAGGAGCAACAUCUUCGAAGGGGCAUGAAUGCCCUGAGCUCACCCCCAGACUCAGCUGUGUCACCCCAGCACACGUCUGAAGAUGCUGAGCUCAUUGCAGAGGCCAAACUUUUACGGCAACACAAAGGUCGUCUGGAGGCUCGAAUGCAGAUUUUGGAAGAUCACAACAAGCAGCUGGAAUCUCAGCUUCACCGACUACGACAGCUGCUUGAGCAGCCUGAAACAGAUUCCAGAGUUAAUGGAGGCUCUUCCUGUGCUUCACCUCAACAUUCCACCUUGAGCUAUUCACCUGAUCAGGAUGCCAGUCCACAGUUUAACCAGACAGGUGUAGAUGACUUGUUAGUCCCACCCCAUGAUACUAGCACAGAUCUAACAGAUGUCAUGGAACAAAUCAACAGCACAUUUCCGGCUUGCCGCACAAAUCUUGCUGGCAGACCACAGGCAAUGUGAAGUUUUCAUUUGGAAGGCCUCCUACUCUUCCUGACAUCAAAUAGAGCCCCUUUUCUACAAAUGCCAGUAUCAAGUUCCAGUAAUCAUAUGGCUGCAUGGGACCUUGUAACAUACUGUUUAGCUCUAUGUGUUCUUAUUCAAAUGAGAAAACACUUGAACUACCCAAAGAUGAGGAUGUUGUGAUUUUAUAAUAUUGUGUGUGUUUCCCUUCCUCCUUCCCUCUCUAUGCAACUGUAAAUUAACAAACUGUGGAGUAUUUGGAAAUGGUUAUACAUACGUCAUUGAUUUAUAUGAUAUGCAGCAUCAGGAAAGGGGAUGGGGAUUUAAUAUCCUUUCCUUUUUGAUAUUGCUUAAGUGAAUUGCAUACAGAGUUUGGAGCAAAGUGUUACAUUUAUACAUUCCUUUUGGCUUUUUGCAUUUACCAUUUCAAGUAUCUUCUCUUCUGACUCACAUACAAUUUUGCACAGGUUAUUUAUACGUAGCCUAAUAGUUUCAAAACGUGGACAGAAUAUCAAAUUCUCAUAACCCUCACAGUUAGUAUUUGACAAAUACCAUUUCUGCCUGCUUAUAAGCACAUAAGACUCUAUUUUGCCCCAGCUAACCUCAUUCAGCUGCAGUAAAUGCCGGCACUAAAAUAGCAUUUUAAUGGAUUCUUUCUCCCAACUGAAUGCAGACUGAUCGUUUCCUCCAGACUUUGUUUUGACUUUAAAAUGUGAGGUAAGCUGCAUUUUGACUUCUUACAAUCAUCCUGGAUAUAUGCGAUUUUAGUUUUCUGCAGGGCAAACAUUAUACUCUAAUUGUGCCAAGUUUUGUCACGUCUUUUAUGUGAAUCACCCAGUGCAAAGGGAAAGAUCCAGACAUGAAAUUAUUGUAUUAUCUUUUCUAAAAUGAUAAUAAAUGAAGAAGCCCUGACCACUUGGGAAAGUGUUCUGCCUUCAGGUCAGAACGGUUGGCUGGAUAACUUCAACCAGUAUCAUCUUGUAUGCAAUUUUAAAUCAUCCCCUUAACGUACAUGUUCAAAGGUGGAGAAAGCUGUGUCAAAGUUCAGUCACAGUUUAUGAUCAUUGGCGGGCCAUCAUUCCCUUCACUGUGGCCUUUGUGGAUUUGCAUGGGAAUUUGCUAUCAUUAUAAAACACUCAUUUGUUGAGUAAGUUGCAUGUGUGCAAUACGCCUGUAGGGAUCCAAAUGGUGUUGGGGAAAUUCCACUCUGUGAUUUUAUGAAUAGUUAUACCCAAUAGCGAAGUGAAGAGAUCAGGCCAUCCCUAAUGUUAAGUUGUCCUUUACCAGGUGAUGCCUAGCCGAGCAUCUGAUAUCCAUAAUGACAUCGUAGUAGGAGAUGUAAUUCCCCAAUGAUGCUUUCCCCCCCCCCCGAUGCAGAUGUCAUCAUAACCACUCAAUUUUCUCAUUUCUCACCUCUAAGCAGGGCUUGUAAUGGUUAUAUAUAGAGAGCUAUGCUUAGAGGUAUUAUGAGGCUCAAAUUAGGUAAUGUAUGUUAAAUGCUCUGAUGACUCAAAGUGCUAUCUAAAUGAAAAGUAUUAUUUUUUGAGCGCGGGGGGCGGGGGGUGUCGUUGUUGCCAAAAGCAGGAGACAGAAAAGCAGAUUAAUAUGUGGAAAAUAUUAAUUUUCCACAGAAAAUUUUCGAGAAGGAAAUAUAUUUUGGUAUAGAUAUUUUGAGAAGGAGAAAAGUUUUGCAGAAAAGGAAAGCCAUGACCACCUUUCUACCUCAAACCCAUUUUUGAGUAUUUAGUUUUAAAAACAGCUUAAUAGUCUGAUUUUUGCAAGGUAUGUUCUUUUGCCAGAUCAUGUCGAAGCAAGGGAAAAAUACCACCCCUUUAAAAACAUGUUAGUAGAAAAGAUCCCAGUAAUGGAUAUGAUGGCUUUUUGUUGUUGUUAUAACUGAAAGGUUAUGUCUGAAUUGUUUUUCUGCCUGUGUUUGUAUGCAAAUUCUGUCCUCUACUUUGCUGUCAAGUAAAAGCUACCUUAAAACAUUACAUUGUAACAUUCUUCCUCUGAGACGCUGAUAAAUAAAAGGAAUAUGUUGCAGUAACAUCUCAAAAGGAAAAGUAUGUAGUUCUUUUCAAUUUUGUGGUAUUAAACUAUCACACUUCCCUUUUCUAAUCUGGUUACAUGGUAUGACUUUCACUCUGAAUAAAAUUAAUUUUUAAGCGAA